CACUCAUAUAAGGCACUGAUAGGCGACACUGGCUGGCACUGUUAGGUGGCACUGAUUGGCACUGAUAGGCGGCACUGACAGGUGACACUGAAAGGCAGCUCUGAUGGGCACUGAUAUGUGGCAUUGAUGUGCACUGGUAGGCACUGAUAUGUGGCAUUGAUGUGGCACUGACAGGUGCCAUUGAUGGGCACUGACAGGUGGCACUGCUGGGGCCACUCUGAUCAUCAGGCCACACUGAUCAUCAGUGCCCUGAUGAUCACUUUCAGCGUGACAGCUCAUGAGGAGAGAAAUGCCGAUAACCGGCAUUUCCCUAUUUACAUGUGAUCAGCUGUGAUUGGA